AGAAUGCAAUAUUUUUAUUUACGUGUAAUAAUUAUGAGUCGAUGAAAACAAACUCGAAAUGAUUGUAAUAAUUCUUUGGGUCUUGUUUUCUUGCGUGCUUGCGGCGGUUAUUUCGUUUUUUUCGCUGAGACGAUGGCUGCUAAGCCGGAAAAAGAAGUUGCACAAAUCUUCGGAAAAAAACACGAACAUUGGUAUUUUCCAUCCUUACUGCAACGCGGGUGGCGGCGGAGAACGUGUGCUGUGGUGUGCUGUAAGAGCGUUGCAGGAAAAGUAUCCUAAUGCCAAAGUAAUCAUUUAUACAGGCGAUAUAGAUGCCUCGCCUAGUUCCAUAUUACAAAAGGCCAAGAAUGUGUUCAACAUUGCCGUUGAUAGUGACAACGUAAAAUUUGUGUUUCUCAAACAACGUCACUGGAUAGAGGCCAAGAACUAUCCGCACUUUACUUUGCUGGGACAAAGUAUUGGAUCGAUGGUGCUGGGUCUGGAAGCGCUUUGCAAGUUUCCUCCCGAUAUUUUUAUUGACACAAUGGGCUACGCCUUCACAUUUCCACUUUUUCGGUAUCUGGCCCAGGCCAAAGUUGGUUGUUAUGUCCAUUAUCCGAUUAUCAGUACGGAUAUGCUAAAGAGGGUCCAGCAGCGGCAGAUGUCGCACAACAAUAAAAAGUAUGUGGCUAGGAAUCCCUUUUUAACAUGGACAAAACUAGCCUAUUACAGAUUAUUCUCGAAGAUGUAUAAAUGGGUCGGCUGUUGCGCUGAGACUAUUAUGGUUAACUCGUCGUGGACCGAAAAUCAUAUACUGCAACUGUGGGAUGUGCCAUUCAAAACCCAUCGGGUGUACCCUCCAUGCGAAGUGGGCCAUCUUAAAAAGCUUCAACACACAGGAAAGGGCGACGAAUUCGUCAUUCUAUCAGUCGGACAAUUUCGACCGGAAAAAGAUCAUCCCCUUCAGCUACAAGCCAUUUACGAGUUAAGGACUUUACUUGCUAAUGACGAGGCUCUGUGGAGCAGAAUAAAAUUGGUGAUUGUGGGGUCAUGCCGAAACGAGGAGGACUAUGAGAGAUUGAAAAAUAUGCAAGAUUUGUCCAAACACUUGUCCCUGGAGAACAACGUUCAGUUCAAAGUGAAUGUUCCCUACGAUGACCUCCUUAAAUUGUAUCAAACCGCUAGUAUUGGAAUACACACAAUGUGGAACGAGCACUUCGGUAUCGGAGUUGUUGAUUGCAUGGCAGCUGGGCUUAUAAUGGUAGCACAUAGGUCGGGCGGUCCUUUGCUGGACAUAGUGGAAACCUCCGAGGGAAGUCAGAAUGGAUUUCUCGCAACUGACGCAGUUGAGUACGCCGAUAACAUACUAAAUAUCAUUGUUAAUAAUGGUGAAAUGAAUGGAAUUCGAAACGCAGCCAGGGCUUCGGUUGAAAGGUUCUCUGAGAGAGAAUUUGAAAAAAACUUCCUAAGAGCUAUUUCUGAAUUAUUUACAAACGCUUAAACCAAAUCCUUAUAUGACAACAUGCAACUUUUGUUAAAUAAUAAAUUUUAAAACUAUUGCUUAUUAAAUUC